CGGAGGAAACACCAGAAGCACUGGGAGAACAUGCAAACUCUACACACACUGGGUGAAGGUGGGAUUUGAAUCCCCCAACCCCAGAGGGUCUCAGAGUUUAUCCCAGAGGACUUGGGGCACAAGGUGGGGGACACCCUGGAUGGGGUGCCAACCCAUCACAGGGCAUAAUUGCACACACACUCACAUACCCAUUCACACAGUAUGGACAAUUUGGAAAUGCCAAUCAGCCUAUAACGCAUGUCUUUGGACUGGAGGAGGAAACCCGAGUACCCAUAGGAAACCCUGUAAGCACUGGGAGAACAUGCAAACUUCACGCACACAGGGAGAAGACAGAAUUUGAACCCCAACCUCAGAGAUUAGUAUUAGUAUAACCUCAGUAUUAUUAUUGUUGUUGUUGUUGUUGUUUUUAUUGUUAUUAUUAUCAUUUUGCCAGCAUGAUGGAUUUUUUGUCUUUUGACCGCUAGGGAUAGGUCAGAACACCCCAUCAAACAAACCCACCCUUGCUGUAAACCAUACUUCUCUAUUGCUUUUCCUCCAAUCUGGCAACUCCUCUGUGUUAACGGUAGAUUCGAACCUGGGCGGCAGCGCGCUGUAGUGCAGCCACGGCACAGCGACUACUUCAUUUCAAACGCACAAUAUCUUCCUAGCGUUUAUUUAUUUUAUUGUUUCGUUCCAGUCACGGUGGUAUUCUUGACAUAAACCAAGCCGUGUUUUUUUUUUUUUUUUUUAAAUUAUAUUCCCCCAGCUGUGGACUCGAAACCUGAAAAAAGAGAGAAAACAUCUCGGUGUGUCGACGGCAAACAACAAGCCGGGACUGGUGUUGUGUAAGUAGUGCAACCGAGAGGGCAUUUUAUUCUGUGUUUAAUUAGUUAUAUUUGCGUUAUAACGACACACAUCUUGUUUCUUGUUUUUAACCGAACGGGUUUGGGGAUAAUGGAGAAAACAAAGGAGUUAACCAAAUCAGUGCUGACAGGCUGAAUAGCUGUAUCCUGUUUGGAUUCAUGGCUCAAAACAGCAGCAGUGUGGAUCCAGAACAUUUAGCUCGUCUGCUACAUUCAUGACCGUUUAACUCCCUGAUAAGAGAUUGUAUUGUGAACAUUGCGACGAUGACGGAGUACAAAUUGGUGGUGGUUGGUGCUGGUGGUGUGGGCAAGAGUGCGCUCACAAUUCAACUGAUCCAGAACCACUUUGUUGAUGAGUAUGACCCUACUAUAGAAGACUCCUACAGAAAACAGGUGGUGAUUGAUGGCGAGACGUGUCUGCUGGACAUUCUGGACACCGCUGGUCAGGAGGAGUACAGCGCCAUGAGGGACCAAUACAUGAGGACAGGAGAGGGAUUCCUCUGUGUCUUCGCCAUCAACAACACUAAGUCCUUUGAGGACAUCCACCAGUACAGGGAACAGAUCAAAAGGGUAAAAGAUUCAGAUGAUGUGCCCAUGGUGCUUGUGGGUAAUAAAUGUGACCUACCAGCUCGUACAGUGGACACAAGACAAGCCCAGGAACUGGCUCGCAGUUAUGGCAUCCCUUAUAUUGAAACAUCUGCCAAGACAAGACAGGGAGUGGAGGACGCGUUCUACACACUGGUGCGUGAAAUCAGGCAGCACAAGCUCAGAAAGCUGAAUCCACCAGACGACAACGGCCAAGACUGCAUGAACUGCCGCUGUGUCGUGUCAUGACCAAGUUGCUUGUAUAAAAUGGAAGAGACUUUUGGAGCGGCUGUACCGCUCCAACACUGCGAUGCCUCCACAGGUGUUAGAGGUUUUUACAGACUGUAUAAAAGGAAACCCUUAACAUUGGCACAAGUGGAUUGACUCUCCACAUUCGUUUGCUGAGGGACAUCUCUGACUCUGGCCUCCACUGGCGAAAAUUUACCUCAAAGACUAGUCUCAACACUGGGUUUGCUUGGGUUGUGUUAAGGACUGCCACACUAAAAUAUGUUAUCCCUAAUAAAACACUAUCUACUCUGAACUGGAAACAAUAACCUUGCCUAUCACCUCAUCAGCUUUGGACUUUUGACCAACAUACAGGAGGAAUGUAGAAUUAUUAUUGUACUUUGAUUUGUGAACAUAAUGCUUAGAUUAGCAAAUGUAAUGUGGGGGGAAAAAUUACAACUUGUAUGCCAUUUCUGGAGAAGGGCCUAACUCGAUAUAAUGUACAUAAUUACUGACCUCUUUCAGCAAAAUACUUCACUGUUCCAGUGCAAUAGUUCAUAGUGUUGAUCAAGGUACAGUGAUAAGGGAACACACUGCUUGGACAUCAUUGAUUUGCACAUGGCAUAAGACUGUAUUUUAAUUGUGAGGCCACAUUUCAUAAGUGAUCCUCUUUUUCCUCUUUUAUCUGUUGGUCUCUAUUUAAAUAACAAUGAAAAUGUAGGAUUCUAACACCAAACAUUUGACAAGUUUUGUCUGCUUUGUGUUCAUUUGUGCUUUUCUGGAGCAUUAAUACAUGGUGCCUGUAGGUUAUUUUAUUUCACAGAGGGCAGACUCUAACUGAAUUGCACAUACUGCAACCUUCAAAGCCUAAAGCACUUAUAUUUCUGCCCAUCACUGUGCUUUAUUGCUGCUCAGGGCACAGGGUUCAGACAGUGUGGUUUGGUUUGGAGUCUCUUGUCUUAUUGUGAAUGGUUUGACUUCUGAUGGUUAUGUUCCUUCUACUUAUAUGAGUGUUUAGAAAGGAAAAUGAAGUGCUGAUGUUACCAAUUCAAGUGCUGAAACAUUAAAAUCAGUGGUCUUUUAGGGAUUACUGUGAUAUUG